AUGCUGCGUUUCCUCCACCUCGCCAGUUUCAUACACGCAGGGCACGUUCUACAGCUCUAUCGAUCCAAGGCAUCAGACGCGGAACGGGCCUUAUGGCAAUCCAUGGCGCCCUGGCAAGCGUCCCGGGAAUCAGACGACGAUUCUUCGUCCACAUCCUCGAGCUGGAAGACUUGCUCGAACUCUGUGCCUUCAAGGUCUUCCUCGGUUUCAUCCGCCAGGUUGCUGCAUCGGUGGAUCUUCUUGGGCACGGCGCUUGUCGAUCUCCUCAACGACAGCCUGCAGCUGCUCAUCAGUGAGCCGGUCAACGGUGUGGCUGCCUCUUUCCGGGGAGCUUCGGAUUCUUUUGUCGGCGUCGACAAGACCAAGGUGGCAGGCAGCAGCUUUCUCUAUCACAUCCAGGAAGUCCUCGAUGGCGGGCAAGUCAGCAUGGAGCCAGCACAGUGGCUUUGUGGGCCAUUCUCUUCUUUGAUAACUUCCGGUACAGCUUCGGAAUCAGUCCCCUGGAUGCCAGGAGACGACGUCAUGGAGCCCACUCCCGGAGCCAUCGUGCUGGACUACUUACUGCAGUCUCCUGAUCCAGUGCGUGUUCCGAAGCGUGCUCAUAAUCAAUGCACGCGACUAGUCCUCCUCUUCGAAUUCUUCUUCAUAGCUUUCCUGCGCUUGCGGCCUUUCUUAGCUGAGGUGGUCUCUUCGUGGGUGUUGCCACCAUCGGGCAGCAACGGGCUCCAGCCAGCAAGGCAAUGUGAACCGCUCCACAGCCUUGAGCUUCCGGAGGUCCUCCAUGACCUGGUCUUUGAGAACCAUCUGCUCCGGCUUCGCCGCCUUCUUCGCUUUCUUUCCCUUCUUUCGAGCUUUGGCUGGGCUUCGACUGGCUUCGAGAUGUGGACUUAUAAGAAAGGAAACGAUGGCGUAACACGUGUGGUCCUCUUCCGAGUCCGGAAUGUCAAUUGGUUGCACGUGCAAGUUCACAUACAGAACCUCCAGAUCACUGUCGUCAUCAUCACCCUCUUGGUCGGGAUCCUUCAUAGGAUCAGAGAAUCCUUGGUUGCAUAUGCGCAGGACACCUGCUUUUCCAAAAUGAGUCAUGAUGAGACACAAAAACUCAAAAUGACGAACGGAGCAGCCUUCCAUGUGGACUUGGGUCUCCAUGUUGUCCGGGGCCUCGAAUUUUUUCCUGGAAAGAGCGACAGCAUCGAAAUCAUGAAGUCGUAG